AUGCCCGCCGCCGCCGCGACCCACCGGCGGGACCCGAGCAAGCUCCUCUACAAGCCCCGCCCCCCGCCGGAGCCGCACCCGUUCCUGCUCCACCUCAAGUCGCUCCCGUCCCCGGUGGCGGCGGCCGCCGCGCUCCUCUCCGCGCCGCGCCGCCUCCACGACCACCCCUUCGCCGCCUGCGUGCUCUACCGCCUGGCCCGCGCGCGCCUCUUCCCGCUCCUCCUGCCCCUCCUCUCCACACUCCACGCCCGCCGCGCCCCGCUCCGCGCCACCGUCUUCGCGGCGCUCAUCGACCGCCUCGGCGCCGCGUCCCGCCCGGACGCCGCGCUGCUCGUCUUCUACCGCGCCGUGCCGGCCUUCUGCCCCCACUCCAACGCCACCUUCCACGCGCUGCUGCACUGCCUCGUCUGCAACGGCCGCGUGGACGCCGCCCGGAGCGUGCUCCCGCGGGCCGCCAAGCUCGGCGUCCGCCCCAACGCCGUGUCCUACAACAUCAUCCUCAAGGGCGUGUGCGCCCGGGACGGGUCCGCGGGCGCCCGCGCGGUGCUCGACGAAAUGCUCGGCCGCGGCGUCCGGCCCACGGCGGCCACAUUCAACACGCUGGUGGGCGCCGCGUGCCGGGAAGGGGACCUGGACGCGGCGGCGCGGCUCAGGGAGGAGAUGGUGCGCCGGGGCGUGGCGCCCAACGCCGUGACCUACGCCAUGCUGAUGCGGGGCCUGUGCAACUCCGGGCGGCUUGAGGAUGCCAGGAAGAUGAUGUUCGACAUGGAGUACCAGGGGUGCCAGACCGAGGUGGCCAACUACGGCGUGCUGAUGAGCGCCUACGCUGGGCAGGGCGACGUCGAUGCCGUCAGGGGACUGCUCUCUGACAUGCGCGGGCGCAAGCUCAAGCCCGACGACGCGAGCUACAAUGUGCUGAUAAAGUGUCUGUGCGACAAUGGCGGUAGGGUGGCCGAGGCGCACAAGGUGCUGGUCGAGAUGCAGCUGAAGGACGGCGUGGUGCCGAGCGCCGCCACGUACCGCGUCCUGGCGGACGGGUGCUGCAGAGCCGGCAACUUCGAGCUGGGUCUGCGGGUUUUCAACGCCAUGAUGGCGAGCGGGCACCGCCCUCUGGCGCACACCUUCAGGCACCUGGCGAAAGGGCUGGGCGACGACGGCAAGGCCGAUGAGGCCUGCUUCGUGUUGGAGAAGAUGGUGGAGAGUGGGGCGUGGGUGGAUGCUGAAGGGUGGCAGUCCCUUGCUGAGUGUGUUUGCAGCAGAGGCGCAAGUGAGCUGAAGCUCCUCGAUGAUCUAGCCUUGUCAUCCUGA